AUGAAGGAGAGCAGCGGCCGCCGCCUCAGCGCGCCGCUGCUGCUGCUGCCGAAUCGCGGGCGGGCUCGGCAGGUCUCCAACCAGUACUACGCGCAGGCCAGCAACCGCAGCCCGGCGGAGGUGAUGCAGUGGCGGAAGGCAAACAACAUGACGGUCACAGGGACGAACGCCCCCAACCCGAUCAUCACCUACGAGGAGACGGGCUUCCCGCAGUACAUGCUGGACAGCUUCCGCCGCCAGGGCUUCCAGAAGCCCACGCCCAUCCAGUCGCAGGGCUGGGCGCCGGCCAUGCAGGGGCGCGACGUCGUCGGCAUCGCCAAGACGGGGUCGGGGAAGACCCUCGCCUUCGGCAUCCCCGGGCUGCUUCACAUCGCCGCCCAGCCGCCGCUGCAGUGGGGCGACG